UCAAUAUGGCUGCGAUCAGCUGUAACUUUUGCCCAGCGACGAAACGAGACGAUCAGCUGAAUUAACGAUAACAAAUAGUUUUAUGUAAGAAUGUAUACUUUUAUCACUAAAUAAUAUUGAAGUAUUUACAUUAAAAAUUUAACGAAUAUGAUAUUCCGAGUUAAAUUCUCGCCUAUGAAUAGAUUAUGUUCUCAUCAGACUUUACAGUUUGUCCCACGCCAUUCACCUGUUACAGAACACGAUGUCGAUCGGUUGCAAGAAUUUUUAGACGUACACAAACCGAUUUUAGUUUUGACUGGUGCGGGAAUAUCUACAGAAAGUGGAAUACCCGACUACAGAUCCGAAAAUACUGGUUUAUAUUCUAGAAGUACAAGCAGACCGGUUAUCUACAAAGAUUUUAUGAGUAGUGAAGCUGUUAGAAAACGUUAUUGGGCAAGAAAUUAUGUCGGUUGGCCAAGAUUUUCAUCCUUUCAACCAAAUACUACUCAUUUCGUUCUUACUAAAUGGAAAAAGAAUGGGAGUAUACAUUGGAUAAUAACACAGAACGUGGACAGGUUACAUCAUAAAGCCGGCUCGGAGCACGUAAUCGAAUUACAUGGAACAUCCCAUCAAGUGAAGUGUACAAAUUGUGGACAUAGUUUUUCUAGGUUUACCUUUCAGGAUGUUUUGAGUUCUUUAAAUAAUGUUCUGAGUUUUGAGACCGUGGAAGUAAGACCGGAUGGCGACGUGGAAUUAGAUAGUCGACUCGUAAGCGAUUUCCAAGUUCCAAAUUGUAAUAGAUGUGGUGGAAUUUUAAAACCGAAUAUAGUUUUCUUUGGUGAAAAUGUUCCGAUGGAUAGAGUUAAAUAUGCAAUGAGUAAACUAGAAGAAUCAAAAGCUCUUCUGGUGCUUGGUUCAUCAUUACAAGUUUAUUCUGCUUAUCGGUUCCUUCUUGCGGCAAACGAACAGAAGAAACCGGUUGCGAUUGUAAAUAUUGGACCGACUCGUGCCGAUAACAUUGCACUCUUGAAAUUAAAUAAUCGUUGUACCGAUAUUCUUUCAAGAAUUAAAAUCUGACUAAAGACAAUUAUUUCAUUUUAUUAUCCGUACAUUAAACUUAACUAUUGAAUGCCAAGCAAACAUAUUUCAUUUAAAAUAGUAAAAUGAGUAGAUAAAUUUGACAAGAUAUGAAAUUUUUUCUUUCUUCCGAUAUCUUCCUGUCAUCCGUGAUGAACUUGCAUAGGA